GUUCAAAAGGCACUUCCAGGCAGGAACCAUGACACAGCUCGAGCGCAGUGUCGUGCGUGAGAACCUGAGUCUUCUCGGCAAGCAUCCCAUCACGAACAAGCACAUCUUCACCAGACUGGACGUCAAGAAGCACAACCUCACGGCGGUCGACGUGUUGAAGGACUUCCCCUACCUUCAGGACGUCGACGUCGCCAACAACCAGAUCGAGUCGUUGGCGGCACUCGCGCACUUACCUUUCUUGAUCUCGCUCAACGCCGAAAACAACCACCUGACCACGCUGCUAGAUUUUGAUCCACCGCAAUGCACAGCCAAGAACGCAUGGGUCGACGGACAGGAAGCUAUCGGACCGAUGCUGCAUAUUGCCAACUUUGCGCGCAACAGCAUCUCCGUUAUGCGGGACCUCAAGACCCAUCGGUACAUUCAGGAGCUCAUUCUCGACCACAACCACAUCACCGAGAUCACUGGCAUCUCUGAGCUCGUGUUUCUCAAGUACUUUAGCAUUUCCCACAACAAGCUCAAGACCACCCGCGGGUUGACGGAAAACAUGCCAAUUGAGAUCUUGAAUCUAUCGCAUAAUGAACUGGUCGAGUCGUCGCAACUGCCCAAGUUAACGCGAUUGCUUAUUGUUAACGUCGCGCACAACAAACUGCGCAGCUUGGAGGACUUUGGGAAAUGCCGCAUGCUACAAAAGCUGGACGUGUCGUUCAAUCGGAUCAAGGACCUGCACCACGUCGACGCGCUCACCAAAUUGCGAGACUUGAGCAGUUUGAACCUGGCCCAGUGCCCCAUCACGCGCAUCCCAUUCUACCGGUUCCGCAUUCUUGUGCGCACGCAGCAAGUGGUCAAGCUGGACGGAUUUCCUGCCUCCAUCAAGGAGCGAAUCAAAGCCAAAGUCAUCCACGGCGACGACAUCCAAGCCAGGACCGACAUCUUCGACUGCCACCUCAAGGGCCUCGACAAGUUCGUCAACUACCUGCCGCCGCUCGAGUACGCCCUGACCAACUCGGAGCGGCAGCUGUCGUCGCCGACGCUCAAGCCGGCCAAGAUCACCAAGGCGGACAGCUGCAAGAACGUGGCCAAGCUGCAAGCGUCCAAGGCCAUCUUGAUAGCCCAAGUCAAGAUCGUGACUGAAACGUUUACUCGGGACACGCUCAACGACUUGCCCAAGCGGUACCCGAUGCUCUUUGGCAAAAGCGGCCGCCGAAAACCCAGUCGCCGGUCCAACGGAUCCAUCGUCUCGCGUAAGCCCAUUCUCGUCCAACCAGACGCGUCGCAGUAGUACGUACUAUAAGAAGGACUAGUACAGUACUACUGCAUUGUCGUUAAUAUAAUUGUAUAACGUUACUAGUAAAUCACAAUGUAUCCUCAA